UUUCAUUCACUGAUUUUGAGUUGUUAAAUUAUAAAAAUCAUCUUCAUCAAUUUUCUGAGAUCUUUUCGAAUUUUCUAGAGAAACAUGUCUUGCUGUGGUGGAAACUGUGGUUGCGGAUCUGGCUGCAAAUGCGGCAAUGGUUGCGGAGGUUGCAAAAUGUACCCAGACUUGGAGAGCACCACCACCGAGACGCUUGUCCUCGGCGUUGCUCCGGCCAUGAGCUCUCAGUACGAGGCUUCCGGCGAGACUUUCGUCGCCGAGAACGAUGCCUGCAAGUGCGGAUCUGACUGCAAGUGCAACCCUUGCACCUGCAAAUGAACAACUCCUCCCAUGAACCCUAAACCCAGUGUCUUGUCUGUAAUAACCCUAAUGUUAUGUUAGGUUUCGUUAUGUGUAAUAAUGGCUUAUUUCGCCGGUAGUUUUACCGGAGAACGUUGGUCUUUCUUUCUUCUUCGUCUUUUGUGUGUCUUCUGGUUUGGUCAUUAAGAUAUCUCUGUAAGUUUUAUCAAUGUGACUUUAUAAACCAGAACUGUUAUGGGUUUGUAUUUGA